AUGGAGCUGGACUUGACCGGCACGAUGCACAACAAGAAGGGGCUGGCCAGGCUGGCCAGGGCGCCACAACCCCCAGGGAGCACCGAGGCCGCGUUACCCAGCAUCCCCCUCCCCAUCCCCACCCUCGGCGCAAGUGCGUGUGCCCACCGGCCAGCAGCGACAGGGUCCAGGUCAGAGGCACACUUCCCCCAAGUGUGGAACGAGCUGCGCCUCAACCAGCAGCUGUGUGACGGCGCCAUCCGCUGCGCCGACGGCAAGGUCCUCAAAGUGCACCGUGCCAUCCUGAGUGCCGUGUCGCCCUACUUCAAGGCGCUGUUCACCAACAGCUUCAGCGGUGGCCAGCAUGAGGCCUCCGAGGUGCGGCUGGCGGAGGCGAGCUCGGACGUGGUGCGGCCCAUCCUGGACUACGCCUACACGGGGCAGUGCGGCGUCACGGCCCGCAACGUGGAGCGCCUGCUGCCGCUAGCCGACCGCCUGGACGUGGUCGGCGUGGUGCAGCAGUGCUGCCACUUCCUGCUGCGCGAGAUGCAGCCCGACAACUGCCUCGGCAUCUUCCGCUUCGCCCAGCAGUACUUCUGCAGCGACCUGGAGGCGAGCGGGCGCCGCUUCAUCCUGCACCACUUUCGCCACAUCCUGCACGAGAGCGCCGAGCUGUACGACCUGCAGGCGGGCGAGUUGUGUCGCUUGUUGUCGGACGACGAGCUCAACGCGCGCAGCGAGGACUUGGUGUUCGAGGCCAUCCGCCGCUGGGUGGACAGGGACGUCCCGGGGCGGCGACAGCACCUCGCCGAUCUUCUGGCGUGCGUGCGGUUCGGACUCACGUCCUUGCCGUUCCUCCAGAACACCGUGCUCCAGUACGGGCCCAUCGGAGAGGACCAGGUCUUGCAGGAAGCGCUGGCGCCGGCCAGGGCCUUCUUGGCCGACGCCGAGGCCAAGGGCGGCGACGUGGACCUGAGGAACCCGUUGGCACGCCCCCGCGUUCCCCACGAGAUCCUGUUCGCCGUGGGGGGAUGGAGUGCCAGCAGCCCGACCAACUCAGUCGAGACUUAUGACUGCAGGGCGAACCGCUGGUGCUUGUCGUUCAGCACAGACACGCAGCCUCGCGCGUACCACGGCCUGGUGGAGCUUGACGGCCUCAUCUACAUGAUCGGAGGCUUCGACGGUGUGGAGCACCACAACACGGUCCGCUCCUUCAACCCGGUCACUCGGGAGUGGCGAGAGCAGGCCUGCAUGUAUCAGGCCCGAUGCUACGUCAGUGUUUGCACUCUGGGUGGAGAAAUCUAUGCUGUGGGUGGCUUUGAUGGUCGAUCUCGUAUGAAGUCUGCUGAGACUUAUGACCCUCAAAAGAACCAGUGGCGCCUUAUUCCUUCCAUGAACAGAGCAAGGUCUGACGCGAGUGCUGCCACUCUAAACAACAAGGUGUACAUUGCUGGAGGGUUUAAUGGACAAGAACUAUUAAGUUGUGCUGAGGUGUUCGAUCCUGGCACAUUGCAAUGGACAUGCAUAACACGCAUGCAAAAUUUACGCUCUGGAGUUAGUCUUCUGGCUCACCGUGGCUACCUCUAUGCCUUAGGUGGCUUUAAUGGUAAUGGCCGCUUGAAGUCAGGGGAGCGUUAUGAUCCCAUGGUUGAUAUGUGGCAGCCAAUUCCAGAUAUGUUGCACCCUAGAAGCAACUUUGCAGCUGUGAUUCUAGAUGACCACAUCUAUGUUAUAGGUGGAUUUAAUGGUGUCAUAAUUCCAAACACCGAGUGUUUCGACGUCGAUUCAAACAAGUGGAGAGAAGCAAACAUGAUGAAUCUGAAUCGCAGUGCCCUGUCGGCUGUAGUACUUAGUGGUCUACCCACAGCUGAAGAGUACUCAUACUUGCAAUUAUUGCAACAAGAGCAGUGUGUGGAAGUUCAGUGACAUCACAAGCAGAGCAGGUGCCCUCUUCUUUAAAUUUGCUUGUUUAUGUGAGGCUCACUAGUCAUAGUUCCAAUUGAAAUAAAUGUAAGAAGGAAAUAGAAAAUCCACUU